AUGGCUGAAGAACCAUCUUCCUCAGGGUCUCGAAGACUAUCAUUCCCAACGUCUGCCUCCGACUUUGCUCUUCCAGGACCUUCUUCGAACUCUAGUGAAAGCACGGAAGAUUCCCAGCGUCGUCUACUACUGCGUCUCCGUCGACCAGCUUUGACCACGAAGAAUGCCCCGUUCGGGGAUAAACCCAUACACAGUCCGUUAGCUAUAUCCUUCACAGCUUCUCGUCGGGGUUCACAAUUUUAUGGCGAAGAGUCCGAAAGCGACAAGGAGCGAAUGUGGAGUGAGAGUUCACCGUCAAGUAGCUCAGGCAACCCGACACCCCCUAUCGUGCCCGUAGACGAGGAAGAAUCGAACGAUGGCCGACAGAGCCAAAUUAAUCUGACGUUGCCCAGUACACCUCCACCGAAUCGCGGACGGACGGGGUCCAAAUUACUUGACCCAGACCUUGAAACACCCGGUACUGCUCGACCUCGGCGCCAUAUCCAGCCUAAACCUUCCCGCCUUCUCAGCUUGCAAACAGAAUCACGCCCAGAAGACAAUGAAGUCCAAUCGGAAGCCGCGUUCCAGCGGCUCAUUGCCUCCUAUCCUGGACUUCCCAUGCAACCUCGGACACCCCGGGCGCCAUCGGAUCGUGGCAGAUACCCUGAAGAGGCAGGCCACGAAGAAUCACAGCGUGAGGACACGCCCAGUGAUGAUGAAGUUGAAGGGUUAAACUCCGUGUUCGCCUACGAAGGGCCGUCCGAGCCUAUCAACAUAUUGAAACCUUGCACUCCGGCUCCGAGUGUGAACGGGGACGACAUGAACAUGUCAAUAGCUGGCAGUCCGAUCAUAGGAGCAAUGGACAUUGAUGCUCCCCUCGCCUCACCAUCGGUGAUGUCUACACCAAUGUCAAUGAGUUAUUGGCGAUAUACACCUCCACCGACAACAAGCGCUGUACGGUCGAAUAAGCGAAAAUUCGAUGAACGCUACGACCCAUAUCCAACCGCGGCCAAACGUCGCGCUGUCUCACCUUCGGUGGCACACCUCCGAGACUCGUACUCAAACCUCGCCUCUUACCCCCGUACGCCGAAUAAUCGACCACCGGUACCUAUUCCACUCUCCAUGCCAGCGUCUAGCAUGAGCUCUGGCACUUCCUCUCCCACGAUCUCAUCUUCGUACUCACUCAGCAUGGCUGGUACUAGACAAAUGAGCUUCGGGCCGAUGAGUGUGACCUCCAGCCCGAUCCUACGGCCUAGCAUAGGCCUGUCGAGCCCGAUCUUGCGACCCAUACCGAGGACGAGACGCCCAGACGGCGAAGAACGAGAGGUUGACGGGGCAGGCGAGGGUGUCAAUGGUCUCACACUGAACAAUUGA